AUAAUUUGGGCACACCGGAAGUCUUCAGGGCGAGUGAAAUGCCUUGUCUUUGGAUUAUGUCAGCAGGCAAUUUAGACCGCGUCACAGUGAACUCAUGUACAUCAGUGUGCACGCGAAUAAACGCUUAAUUUAGACAUUAGGCUCUGCCUCCACUAAAAUACACAGAGCCAAUAGGAAAAACCUUCUUCGCAUGUCCUCAGACGUCAUUUAUUUGUUCCAGCUGUGGAUGAUAGUAUAUUUGGUCUCUUGUGAAAGAGCAGGUAAAGUGCGGAUCUGACACACAUGCCUGCAGCUACAGUCUUUACUGACCGACUGUCACACGGACUCUCAGUCGCUGUACCGGUGCCUUCAGUCCCACGAGGACAUACACUGACAAAUUUCGCAAUGGGUGAGUAGACUGAAGUGUGGGCGUACCUGUUCAUUGGAGCAAGAUAUCACCAGCAUAGUGUUCACAUUCUCACAAAAUAGACGAUGGGUGAAGCCGAAGAUGAUAAGAACCAGGCAGGACGGCUAUUUGAGAACUUUGUUCAGGCCACUGACUGCAAAAGCACCAUGCAGGCCUUCAAUAUCAUGUGCAGUUACCUUGACGUUGACCCUCUGGAGCACAGCACCUUCUACAGCGGCCUGAAGAGCAUGGUGACGUCUUGGAAAGCCAAAGCCCUUUGGAGCAAGCUGGACAAGAGAGCCAGCAACAAAGAGUACAAGAAUGGCAAAGCCUGUGAGGGCAUUAAGUGCUUGAUAAUUGGAGGAGGCCCCUGCGGCUUGCGGACUGCCAUCGAGUUAGCUUUCCUCGGAGCCAAAGUGGUGGUGAUAGAGAAGAGAGAUACAUUCUCCAGGAACAACGUCCUACAUCUCUGGCCCUACACCAUUCAUGACCUUAGGGCUUUAGGAGCCAAGAAGUUCUAUGGAAAGUUCUGUGCUGGAGCAAUAGACCACAUCAGCAUUCGGCAGCUCCAGCUCAUGCUCCUGAAGAUCGCUCUCCUUCUGGGUGUGGAGUUUCACGUAAAUGUGGAGUUCAUCAAGCUGGUGGAGCCUCCAGAGGACCAGGAGAAGGAGGGGCCAGGCUGGAGGGCAGAGAUCCGGCCUGCGGAUCACCCUGUGGCUAACUUCGACUUUGAUGUGGUGGUGGGAGCUGAUGGGAGACGAAACUCUUUAGAAGGGUUCAGGAGGAAGGAAUUUCGUGGCAAACUGGCUAUCGCCAUUACAGCAAACUUUAUCAACAGAAACACCACCGCUGAGGCAAAGGUGGAAGAGAUAAGUGGAGUUGCCUUCAUCUUCAACCAGAAAUUCUUUCAGGAUCUCAAACAGGAAAAUGGGAUUGAUCUAGAGAACAUCGUCUACUACAAAGACAACACGCACUACUUUGUCAUGACCGCUAAGAAGCAGAGCCUGCUGGACAAGGGUGUCAUCAUUCAUGAUUAUAUCGACACUGAGGCACUGCUGAACAGUGAGAAUGUGAACCAAGAGGCUUUGCUGGCAUAUGCACGAGAGGCAGCUGACUACGCCACCCACUACCAGCUGCCCACGCUGGACUACGCCACGAACCAUUGCGGUCAGCCUGAUGUGGCCAUGUUUGAUUUCACGAGCAUGUACGCCUCAGAAAGUGCCGCUCUUGUCCGGGAGAGGUUUGGUCAUAGUGUGCUGGUGGCACUAGUGGGAGACAGUCUUCUAGAGCCCUUCUGGCCUAUGGGGACCGGCUGUGCCCGCGGCUUCCUGGCAGCCUUUGACACAGCUUGGAUGGUAAAAAGUUGGGCGAUGGGUAGAAAUCCACUCGAGGUGCUGGCAGAGAGGGAGAGUCUUUACAGAUUGCUACCUCAGACAACACCUGAAAACAUCGGCAAAAACUUUGAUUUGUACACCAUAGAUCCAGGAACACGCUAUCCCAACCUCAAUUCAAACUGUGUGAGGCCCCACCAGGUCCGCAACAACUAUAUCUGUGGAGAGAUGAAGUCGUGCUCUCUGGAACGGGCCGCCACGAUACGCCGCCCGGUCAACUUGGCCCGAAGAGAGUCUGAGAUCAGGCCGAGUCGGUUACUGACGUGGUGUCAGAAGCAGACAGAGGGCUACAGGGGUGUGAAUGUGACUGACCUUACUUCCUGUUGGAUCAGUGGCCUGGCUUUCUGUGCUCUCAUACAUCGCUUCAGACCACAGCUCAUCGAUUAUGACUCUCUGAAUGAGCAAGACUGUGCCAGAAACCUUCAGCUGGCAUUUGAUGUGGCAGAGAAGGAGUUCGGCAUUAAGCCUUUCAUCACAGGGAAAGAGCUGGCGGCAGGUCAGGAGCUGGACAAGACCAGCAUGUGCAACUACCUCUCCAAGUUCUACGAGCUCUUCCGGGGAACACCUCUACCUCCCUCAGAUUCAAAGCGAGAUGGUGAUGCAAAUAAUGAAAAAUGUCCAUCAGGUUCUCCCAGACCUGCUCAGUCACUGAGUUUACUUCAGCCUCGUAAACGCAUUCCCAAGAAUGAUAAAAAGGUUGAAGAAAAUGAUGCCAUAUACAAGAGAAGACGGAAAAUUAGUUACUUCGAAAGAAAUAAUAAAUAUUUUUUUCAGAGUACUUCAGUAUCUAGUGAGGGGCAGGAACUGAAAGAAAACAAGGUCAAGUUAAUGGCCACUCAACUUCAAGCAAAAUUUGAAGACAGCACCGCAAGCUGCUCUAUUCGCAGACAGUCUGACUCUAAUGAUGAGAGGUCUCCAAGACCUCCGUCACUUGAUAUGACUGAUAGCACUCUCUUUAACAUUAUCAAGAAGAAAGUCCCACAGCCUCCACCCCCUAAAAAACAGUUUCCGUCCGUUGCCUGUGUUCGACACACUGAGGAGCCCUCAGCUCCUCUCUUCCUCUUGCUUCAUUCCAGUCCUCUGAAUCCACGAAGGAAACCACUUCAACCGAUUCACACACACACUCACACACAAUCAGAGGCAGAGAACACAGCUGACUCAGACUCAGGAAAUACAGCCUCCUGCCACUCAGCAGUGCUGGCCAUGAGAGCAAUGCUUCAGCGCCUCCAGAGGGUGGAAGAGGAGAUUAGCCAGAGGAAAGCCCAGACUCAAAAGGCCAGGGAGUUUCAUAAAAAAAGCAUAAAAGAGAAGGCUGUGCAUUUGAGCGCUCUGUUCUCUGACGAGGCCUGCUCUCCACAUCAGCCUUCCUUAAAAAGAGAAUUUCCGAGUCUGGGAGAUAUGUGCCAUGCGUGUAAGAAACGGGUGUUUGCAGUGGAGAAGCUCAGCACGGAGGGACUCCACUUCCACAAGGAAUGUUUCCGCUGUCAUACCUGCAGAGCUCCUCUGCGCCAGGGAGGACAUUUCUUCGAUUCAGAGGAAGGAAAGUUGUACUGCAAACUCCACUUUGCACAAAGGAAACCCUUAGUGAAGAAUGGGAGGACACAAAUUCUACACACGACACGUAAUGACGAAUCUCAGGACGACUCCAGCUGGAGUCCAGAGGGAUGUGAGCAUCAUCUCCAGGAAGAGUCUCCAGGUAUCCUGUCCUCACUGAAGAGAAGCCUGCGCUGGCCGCUGCACAUGAGCCAGACUGUGUGUGCUGUGCCUCGCCGUGUGUUUAACUGGCUGCAUGCUAAAGCGUGGGCCACAGGAGUCCACCUGAGGGAUAAUGCAGAGGAUUACGCCUUCCUGUAUGAACUGCUCAGUGUGAGUCUGCCUCUGCUCGCCGUUCUCCAUGAACAGCUCGUCCAAAUGUACGCAGAGGCCGGACCUCUCAAUCUACAGCCUCUGCAGCACUGGCUGGAAGAGCACAUGGGCCCCUGGGUCUUAGUGUGAGAGAAACAUCAUCAGUUCCUUUAAAAGGGUUAACAUGUAGAUGAAAAUGGCUGUGGAUAUUUAUUCAGAACUGAAAAACAGAUAGAACAACCUUGAUAUAGUUUUCAUGAACAAAUCGAUCUGAACUUGAGAUGUCGGGGCAUCAGAAUUCCUUUCCUGCUUUUUUCCUGGUUUGGAUUGUUAUAAUGGUUAUAAAGGUUUGAGUAAAGAGAGAAAAAGUGUCAAACACAGAGUGAACUUCAAGCACUUUAAUGAGUGAGCAGCCUUCAUCUGCACAAUUAAGAGUGACGUUCUGCUUUUAAUUAUUAAUGAACGUUCUUUGUUGAGACUGCGAGUUUACAAAACCUGACCGAUCAAGCUGCAAACACGAAUGUUAACCGUUCAGGAACAAGUUACAUUCUUCUCGCAUGUUUACGCUUCUUAUGAAAACCAUACAGCAUGGCUGUUAAAAGGAAUGUUCCGGGUUCAACAGAAGCUAAUCUAUUUAUAGCAUCUGUGAAAAAUGUUGUCGACUACCACAAAAAAGAACUGCAUUUCAUCCUUCAUAUUGUUAAAACAAACAAGAAUUACAAUGGAAGUCUAUGGAACAAGCGAUCACAGAGGGUUUAAAGCAGAAAUGUGCAUCUGUAGAAAUUCAUCAGAACAAAAGUAUGUUAUCUGAGCUUUAAAAUUGUCAAAAAUUUGACAUUUUUUGUGGUUUUAACAUACUAGUCUAUUUUAACACAAUGUGUUGUCAUGUGGGUGCACUUUCAAAACAGCGUGAUCAUUUUAUAUUUUGUUAAUUCCUGUUUAUUGUCUUGUUCUAUAGGCUUCCAUUGUAAGUGCAUUACUGUAAAUGUGAUUUUGUAAUUUUUUUUUUUUCUGGUUUUUGCUAUUAUUUUCUUUGUUAAUCUGUAUACCACAGAUGUGGUCCAUAGAGCUUAAUUUAAAGUUUAACUGUAAGCUCUAAACUGAGACUGUCUAUGCUCUUAAACAUGUGGUGUAUAUGUAACUAGGGAUGCAUAGAAAUGGACUUUUUAGCAGAUAGCAAUAAUUAUUAAUAUUUAUAUGAAGUUGAAAUAUUGGGUGAUAUUAAAUAUCAAUCAAUAUUUUGUGAGAUUAAUUACAAAAAAUUGCUCACCUUAAAAAUCCAGAUUUAAAUCAGGUGCAACAACAGGGAAAAAAAUAAAUAAAUACAUACAUACAUACAUACAUACAUAAUGAUUGUUUUCCCCAAAACAUAUAACAACUUGACAUACUAUAAACCAUUGGAAUAAAGAAAUUAUACAUGCCUAUGUAUAACAUUGAUAAUAUAACAAAGAAUAAAAAUAAACAAUAGUUUAAAAUAAAACAUUAAUAACAAAAAUAAAUCGUAGGCUCUGAUUAAACUUUUAUUUUAUGUUUUUAAUUGUUUAUUUUUUUUAUUUUUAUGUGGGGUCCUAUGAUCAUUUGGCCAUAAUUUAUCAAAUAAAUAUGGGCCUAUCUGCUUAUUUUACAUAAUGGACUGAUACAUAUAAGAUGAAAAAGUCACAUUUACUGGCUAACAUGACUACAGAGAUCAACCAUCCCUCUAUGUAACAAAGAUCAAAUAUGUAAGCAUUCUCUCUUUGUUCUCAGCCUUAUUUGUAUAGUUCUCAUGCAGAGCCACUCAACGGUUCCAAAUGCAUGUAUUUUAAUAUCAUCCAUUUACUCCUGUAGUCUCAAUCAUACGCCAGUUUUGUGUCACUCAGAUUCGUGUCACAUUACAUGCACCAUCAAACUACUAAUGCACCAGUAAAGUAGCUUUGGUUUGAAUGAAAGACUUAUGGAGUCGUGGCAGAAACACUACUUGGCGGUCUCAUUUGAUUUACUGGACUGUUACUGCGGUUUCUUUUGAUGUCAUUUGCUACCUAUAAUGUACUGUCUGAGGGCAGUGUAAUUCUGUACUUACAGAAUUUACAGUAACACAUUUAAGUGCAAUUAAAAUGCAAUUUUUUUUUCGGUCAACUUACUGAGAAGUAUUAAUAAUACGAAACAUGCUUUUUGUUGACACUGGAAGACGAUUGUUAGAUUUUGAUCUGUUUAUUGGUAUGAAUAGUGAUUGCAGAUUGAUCAUCAAAUGACAUGCAUGAAAAUAAAGCAUGGAUAAUUAAAUCCAUUUUUGUGCAUUAGCAAUUCAUUUCGAAACACUGUUUACAAGCUGCGUUUUAAUGAUUCCCUUCUCAUGUAUGGUUCUCCUUUUUUAUUCACUUGUAGUCCUUUUUGACCUCUCCACUGCGUCUGCUCCUGACUUGCUGUGAGCAAUGCUGAUCCAGAUGUGAUCAUCUGCAAGGUCUCUUUCUGCAGUCACUCGUAGUGUCUUUGACCUUCCAGAGCCUGUGGAAAUGCAUGCUGCAUGACACUAAUCGCCUGCCUCUGGUUAUUUCACCUGCACGUCACGUCUGACAUGUUUCUCUUUUCUGUCUUUCUUCAAGGCUUAUUAAUUACUUGCUCAUGCAGCUUCUGUCUUUUCUUCCUUUCUUUCUGUUUCAGAGGUGGCUUACAUUACAGAAACCUACACGCAGGAGCCCGUGUGCCUCUACGAAAGCAGAUCAUUAGGCCUUUAAAGUAGCACCUUUUAUUGGACAUGUUGUAAAACUGUUUGAAGUUUUUUCACUGUAUAUUUUCCAUUUGAAACAUUUGUUGUUGCCUUAUUUAUGUUAAGCCAUACUCUCGCAAUAAAAGAAAGAUCAAAGUCUUUUCAUUUUUACAUA